CGUGUCAAACUGACUGUUGAAAGUUUUCGUACACAUUUACACGAUUUUAUAACAAUAUAAAAUGCCGGGAUCAGAGUCUCCGCCGAAGAAACAGAAACGCGAACAGUUAGUGAUACCACGAAGGAAACCCUCGGUGGUCAUACCUGGAAGGAAGAUUGUGUAUCCCACCCCGGACAAGACUACGUGUGCAGAAUGCACGUGCUUCCCGAAAGAUGCACCUUAUGUAAAACCAGCGAAAUUGAGAGCAUGUUUGCAAACACCGCCUACGUUAUACGAGCUGACAGCGAUAGUGGUAGACCAGCUCAAGUUUCCAGAAGCAUUCCAUUGGUCAGAGGAAGAUGUAGCUCAGUGGGUGGAGGGGCAAGUCGGACUGCCGGAGUAUAAGGAGUGCAUUGUGGAUAACAAAAUAAAUGGACGGAGGCUGCUGAUGCUUGAACACGCUCAUAAUCUGCCUCAGAUCGGAGUAAAUAGCUUAGAGCAUAUCCAGAGGAUAACUUCAGCGGUCCGCAAUCUCUUCAACACGGAGUUCAUCAAAUUUAGCCGCAGUAUCGGCCUACCCCCACGCUAUCCGUUGACGCAUUGUACCUGGUUCAAAUCCCGGACCGGGCCCAGUUGGGGGAUACGAGAAAACUGGACCAGAUGUGAUAUUCUCCGAGCUAUGGGGAUUAUAAUGCCUGCACCUGUGUAUAUGGACCACUGGGACUUAGUUUGGUACCAAAAGCCGGAUUUUCCCAAAGUGAAGUUUGCGAGGAUCCCUAAAUGGGAUAAAAGCGAACGUGUACCACAUUACAAGGGGGCGGUUGAAGAAGUUUCGAACGAAAUUCUGGUCCCGAGAAAAUUCAUUAUAGAAAAGCACAUCCCCCCAGAGUUCCAGCUGAUCUGGAUACAGAAGAUAGACUAUCUCCCCGACUAUUCUGAAAAGAAGGUGGAGAAGAAACCAGCUAAGCCUUUACGAGUAGUUCCUAAGCCAGUGAAGAUUAAGGGCUUGAAGGGCAAGGCGUUGCUGCUGGCUAGGAGGAAAAUGCCCACACCAAAGUUCCUGCCUUAAUAGUGCAUAAUUUUCUAAAAUUCUAUGUUUUAAA